GGCAAUAAUUUUGUUUUGUUUGGGAAAGAAAAAUGAAAAAUGAAAAAUGUUGUGGCUACUAUAUCACUUCCACCAGUGUAGUUGCUGCCCGCGCGUCUGCCUCCACAGAAACUCUCUUCUUCUUCUCCACAUUCUUUGUCGCUUCCAUUUUUGCCCCAUUUCUGUUUCCACGAUUAGCUAAUCAAUCUCCAUAGCUGAAUCCCUUCAGCUCGCAGUUCGCUUCUUCUAUGGCUUCCGCGAUGCUCAACGGCGCCGAAAACCUCACUCUCAUCCGAGCAAUCGCCCCAAACCCCAAAGGAUUAGGUUUUCUCAGCUCUGAUUUCCGCGGCAAAAACUUCCCCACUCUCACCCCAAUCUCGCGCGGCAACAUUUCAAUUCGAACAGCAAGGAGCCGAACCCUCACCCCAAAAUGCAGCAUCUCAGCUCCCAGGCCGGCGUCGCAGCCGAGAUUCAUACAGCACAAGAAGGAGGCAUUUUGGUUCUACAGAUUUCUGUCGAUCGUGUACGACCACGUGAUAAACCCAGGGCAUUGGACGGAGGAUAUGAGGGAUGAUGCGUUGGAGCCUGCCGACCUCAACCAUCGGGAUUUGACGGUGGUGGACGUUGGCGGUGGGACGGGCUUCACCACUUUGGGGAUUGUGAAGCACGUGGAUGCCAAGAAUGUCACCAUUCUCGAUCAGUCGCCGCACCAGCUGGCCAAGGCUAGGCAGAAGGAGCCCCUCAAGGACUGCAAGAUUCUUGAGGGGGAUGCUGAGGACCUCCCCUUCCCCACGGACUCCGUCGAUCGAUACGUUUCUGCCGGGAGCAUUGAGUACUGGCCAGACCCGCAGCGUGGAAUCAAGGAAGCUUACAGGGUUUUGAGACUUGGGGGGAAAGCGUGCUUGAUUGGUCCCGUAUAUCCAACAUUCUGGUUAUCGCGCUUCUUUGCAGAUGCGUGGAUGCUCUUCCCUAAGGAGGAAGAGUACAUAGAGUGGUUUGAGAAGGCAGGGUUCAAGAAUGUUCAACUUAAAAGGAUUGGUCCAAAAUGGUAUCGUGGGGUUCGCAGACACGGGCUCAUCAUGGGAUGUUCUGUUUCAGGUGUAAAGACCAGCUCUGGGGACUCACCUUUGCAGCUUGGUCCUAAGACUGAGGAUGUAUCAAAACCUGUAAAUCCAUUAGUGUUUCUGGCGCGGUUGAUUCUUGGUGCCAUGGCUGGAGCUUACUACGUGUUGGUUCCGAUUUACAUGUGGAUCAAGGAUCAAAUUGUCCCAAAAGGUCAGCCCAUAUAGGAGGAGGCUGACGCCAAUAAUCUGUUUCUUCCUGCUGUUGGAGCUUUCUGUAUUCCUUCUCGAUUCAAGUCGCAGUUUCUGAGAUUCUCAGUAUGCAGAUCGAUAGGUUGGUUCUGUUGUAGUUUUCAAGUUAUGAAGCAAGCAAGAUCAGUGAAACUUAGUGGUUGAAACCAUGAAACUUCCACUGUAGUUUUUGGAUUAUGAACCAGGAUUGGUGAACUUAAUGGUUGAAACCAGGUUUUAGAGUUAAGACUGUUGGAGAGCUGAAAUCCGGAAUCCACAUUUUGGUGCUUUUUCAUGUAGAAAAUAAGUCUUCAUUCCUGUUUUUAUUUCGUGUUUUUGUGCAGUUUCUGUUUAACUUUGCUUGAAAAAUACUAGUAUUUAGUUCAGAGAGAAUUGGAGCAUGCAUUUUCUGAA